AUUCGACAGAGGAGAGGGUUUUGUUUCGAGCCGUUCAGAGUUUAAGAACUCUUCGAGAAAAGUAGAAGAGAAAUCUUCAUGUCAUGGAGUUUAUUAAAGACGAGCCUGAAGACUGGACUGAUCCAGAGCCCCGCAGAGUGAAAGAUGAAGAAACUGAGGAACUAAUAGACCUGAUAGAAGUGAAAGAGGAGAGGCAAGAACUGAAUGAAGUUGAGGACAACCACUAUUUCCAGACACCUGAAAAUUUGAUAGCUGAAGAAAAACCUUUAAUUGAUUAUCAGUCUGAAAAUCUUUCACAAACAGGACGCCUUAAAGAUCCCAUUAAAAGUCAUACCAGAAAGAGACCUUUCACAUGCCAUCAAUGCGGAAAGAGUUUCACACAUAAAGGACGCCUUAAUGUUCACAAAAAAGUUCACUCUGAAGAGAGACCGUUAACUUGCCUUCAGUGUGGAAAGAGUUUCACAAAUAAGGAAAACCUCAAGUGUCACAUGAAAACCCACGCUGGAGAGAAGCUUUUCUCGUGUUAUGAGUGUGGAAUGAGUUUCACUAGCAAACUAACUCUUCAGAAUCAUGUAAAAACUCACUCUGGAGAGAGGCCUUUCCCGUGCCACCAAUGUGAAAAGAGCUUCAAUCAUAAAGGACACCUUAAUAUUCACACGAGGAGUCACACUGGAGCAAAGCCCUUCGUGUGUCCUCAGUGUGGAAAGAGGUUUAUUCAUAGAGGACAUCUUAACGAUCACUUAAGGAUUCACACCGGAGAGAAGCCUUUUACAUGCACUCACUGUGGAAAGUGUUUCACACAUCAAGCAAGCCUCUCCUGGCACAUGAGAACUCACCCUGAAGAAACUCUUAAGCGUCGCACGAGAAUGCAUCCUGACGAGAAUCCGUUCACAUGCACUCACUGUGGAAAGAGUUUCCUUCAUAAAGGACACCUUAAUGAUCACUUAAGAGUUCACACUGGCGAAAAACCGUUCACAUGCCCUCACUGUGGAAAGAGUUUCAGUCAUAAAGCAUACUUUCAUGUUCACUUAAGGAUUCACACCGGAGAGAAACCAUUUGUGUGUCCUCAGUGUGGAAAGAGGUUUAUUCAUAGAGGACAUCUUAACGAUCACUUAAGGAUUCACACCGGAGAGAAGCCUUUUACAUGCACUCACUGUGGAAAGUGUUUCACACAUCAAGCAAGCCUCUCCUGGCACAUGAGAACUCACCCUGAAGAAACUCUUAAGCGUCGCACGAGAAUGCAUCCUGACGAGAAUCCGUUCACAUGCACUCACUGUGGAAAGAGUUUCCUUCAUAAAGGACACCUUAAUGAUCACUUAAGAGUUCACACUGGAGAGAAACCAUUCACAUGCCCUCACUGUGGAAGGAGUUUCAGUCAUAAAGGAUACUUUCAUGUUCACUUAAGGAUUCACACCGGAGAGAAACCAUUUGUGUGUCCUCAGUGUGGAAAGAGGUUUAUUCAUAGAGGACAUCUUAACGAUCACUUAAGGAUUCACACCGGAGAGAAGCCUUUUACAUGCACUCACUGUGGAAAGUGUUUCACACAUCAAGCAAGCCUCUCCUGGCACAUGAGAACUCACCCUGAAGAAACUCUUAAGCGUCGCACGAGAAUGCAUCCUGACGAGAAUCAGUUCACAUGCCCUCACUGUGGAAAGAGUUUCCUUCAUAGAGGACACCUUAAUGAUCACCUGAGAAUCCACACCGGAGAGAAGCCUUACGCGUGCCAACAGUGUGGAAAGCGUUUCACACAUAAAGGAAGCCUUACGUGGCACACGAGAACUCACAAUGAGGAGGAAGUUUUCGCAUGCCACCUAAGUGAGAAGAAAUGUACAAAUAAUGUAGACGUUGAGAGUCCGAUAAGAAUUCUCUCUGGAGAGAAGCCUUACACGUGUCCUUUGUGUGAAAAGAGUUUCAGUCGUCAAGCAAUCCUUCAGAGUCAUGUAGAAACUCACUUUGAAGAGAGUCCUUAAAGGCGCUGUAGGUACUAAAGCAUAACAAUACCAUAAUAUGUAGGGCGGGGACUAAAUCAAUGCAUCGCGAAAUGAUUCUGCAUCGAUUCUGAGGUUUUCC